AUGAUCAGAAACAACAAAGAAACAAAUUGGAGACUUCGAAUGCUCUUUCAAGAUAGUGAUGAGCUCGCCCGUGCUGCGAUAGCAACAACAUCUUCGGUUGCAAUCACAAUACGAGAGUACGCAUCGUUUGAGCUUCGAAGUGCCGCAAAAAUAUUGGUUGCCAAUCGACGGACUAUUUCUCUAACAAUUAUCUACGGGACUCCAUCCCCCAACCCGCUUUGA